CAGUGUGGCGCCUGUGUGAUGACUUCAAUGUGACACAGCACUGACAGCGCAUCACACACACACUCUUUACAUCACAUUUAGUCUUUUUUUUUUUUAAUCCAAUACUACCUCUGCUGAAGGACUUCAAACUUGGUGUUGUGGACUUUUUUAAACUUUACACUAAAGUUCCUCAUUUUAUAGAACAAGCACAUUGAGUGUGUAUUUUUCUUUUUCUUUUUUUGUAUCUGGACUAUCAAUCAGACUGGACUACCUCUCUUCUUUCCUGAGGUGAGAGUUUAUCAUCUUCAGCCUGGACAGUUGUCUCCAUGAGGAUGACAGGAGUCCUGUGGAUGAUGUGUGUGUCUGUGCUCAUCCACGGCUGCUGCUGCAGUUUGGGACUCACAGAAAGAGGCUGCAGACGUUGGACACAAAAAGGAAACGAUGUUUGCUGUGAUGCCUGUAAAACAGGAAACCGUCUGGUAAAACGCUGUGGUCCAAGACCAGCGGAUCUUUGCAAGCCGUGUGAGCAGGAUACCUUCACAGUCAAGGCUCUGACCUACGAGUGUGAGGGGUGCAAUCAGUGUGUCGGUGCCCAGAUCCUUUUGAAAGCAUGCACAACCUCCACAGACACAGUGUGUGGCUGCAAAGAAGGACUCAUCUGUGGCGAUGGGAGCUGUUCUUUUUGUGUGAAACAGUGUGGCAAAGGCGAAGAACCUGCAGAGGGACGAACUUGCAGACCGUGUCCAGAUGGAACUUUCAACGACCAACUUCACCAGAAGUGCAAACCCUGGAGCACCAAGUGUUCCAAUCCACAGGACCGCAUCGUGGUCAAGGGCGACGCCUUUAAUGACAUCAAGUGUGCCAAUAUCUCAGAAGCCAAAGUGAUAAAUCCACCAAAGCGUGGUGACCCCGAGGAGGCUCCCAUUGUGGUGGUCAUCAUGAUUGUCAUGACUGUGGUUCUGUCGGCCUUUAUCACCAUCGUUGUGAUAUUGAAAAUGAUUCAGAACAGAAGAAAAACCAAAAUACCAAUCGCAGAAACGCCGACGAUCAGAACUCCGACAGAUGACCCGAAGACACUGAUUGCAGUGGAGUGCAGUUUUCACGAAGCUCAACAAGAGCAGGGCAGCAGUUCUGAGUCGCUGAACUCUGGAGACUCCACAAAUCAGCUCCUGAUGAACGGGAGGCCUCAAUAACAAACAUCACUGAUAGAUAAUGAGGAUAGUUGUCGUGGCAAUACUGCUUAUGGAUUUUAAAGGAUAUCAUUAUGUGCAUUUAGUUGGUUCCAAAUAGAAGAAAAACAAGGUACUUUGUGACAGAGCAACCCCCCAGUAACUGAAGCAUUCACGUAUAAGUAUACAAGUCACACUCACAAUGCAGAUAAGGAAGCACACAUGCACCACAAUGCUAUAAUACUCAAACACUCCUAGGGUGAGGAAGACCAUUAUUGUAUAUUGCUAUGCAUUUAAAUUUGGAAUCAACUGGACAGAGGUUAUAGACUUUGUUCAACAAUGAUAUAAUGAACAGAGUACGCAGUGAUUUUAGUGGCUCUGUUGUAGACGUCCUGAGGUGAUCAAAUGACCCAAACCAACUACAUGAUUAUGCAUAUACAGCAGUGUUCAGAAUACUGUAAUAGUAGUGCUAUGUGACUAAAAAGAUUAAUCCAGGUUUUGAGUAUAUUUCUUAUUGUUA